AUGCCUCCCAAACGCAAAUCUGAUGCUGUCGAACUCGAAGAACUCAAAUCGGACGCGUCUUCUGUGAAAGAGAACUUGAACGACGCGCCAUCUGAGCCAGUAUCCAAGAAGGCACGUACUAGCGGGGCUUCAUCUUCGAGCAAGGCGAAGACGAAGGAAGGCAAAGAGCCAGUCAGGUGGCAAGAUGUUGAGCUCGAGGACGAGAACGAAGAUGGAACCAUUCCAGUCUACGACGAUUGUGCAGAAAUCCGACGGAAAAUUGGUCUCUUGCAGAAGACCCCUGGAUGGAAGGUUACUCAGUGGCUCAGGGAUAUCGGUGGAAUAAAUAACAAUUCGUAUUCACGAUUCAUGAAAGAAAAAGGAAGGACUGGAGGUGCUUCCAAUGGGACCUACUAUGCAGCUUAUGUUUACUUCGAAAAGGUUCGUAUCGCAGAGGGCAAGAAGAAAACGCCUACUCGAAUCAAGCACGAGGCAGAACUCCCCCAUGGUUAUCCUUUGGAACGAGCACGGGGGUGGGUAUUUACCGGGCGAUGA